CAGAUGCCCGCCUCAACCCGCCGUGUGGGCGUGGCCUCCCUGUAGAUUGACAGCGCGCUCGCCCAAUGAGGGGCGGAGCCUCGCCGCCUCCCUCACCGCAGGAUGGAGCCGCCCCUUCCCCUCCCGCUCUGCCGACCCGCAGAGGGAGCCGCGGCGGCUCCGGGCGGUCCGGGCGGUACCGGCACCGAGCAGCGGCGGCUCCGGUUCCGGCAGUUCCGCUACCAGGAGGCGGCGGGGCCGCGGGACGUGUGGCGGCGGCUGCGGGAGCUGUCGCGGCGCUGGCUGCGGCCCGAGGAGCGCAGCAAGGAGCAGAUCAUGGAGCUGCUGGUGCUCGAGCAGUUCCUCAGCAUCCUGCCCGAGGACAUCCAGAGCUGGGUGUGGGUGCGGCACCCCGAGUCCUGCGCCCAGGCCGUGGCGCUGGCCGAGAGCUUCCAGCUGGCCCGGGAGGAGCCCGACGGGAUUUGGGAGCAGCAGGUGACCGUGCGGGUGAAGCUGGAGGACCCCGGGGACGGGGAGGACCCCGGAGCUCUGGGGGUCCCCCCGAGCCCCCCAUCGGAGCCCCCCAAGGAGGAGGAGGAGGAGCCGCGGGAUGGAGAUCCCACCACGACCCCGGAGCUGCCCGUUCCCCACGCCCAGAACCCGCAGAGACACCAACCCCAUGGAGGCUCCCCCAGACCCGCCGUGAGUGCCCCGCCAGCGCGGCCGUACCCCUGCGCUCAGUGCGGGAAGAGCUUCGCGCGCCUGACGCACCUGCGGAGCCACGAGCGGACGCACACGGGGCGAAGCCGUACGGCUGCGGCCACUGCGGCAAGCGCUUCGGCCACCUGAGCACGCUGACCACGCACCGGCGGCUGCACACGGGCGAGCGGCCCUACGGCUGCGGCCACUGCGGCAAGGCCUUCACCAACCCCUCGGACCUGCGCAAGCACCGGCGCUCGCACACCGGCGAGCGGCCGUACCCCUGCGCCACCUGCGGCAA